AUGAAGUUCGCCUUCGCUCUCGCUGCCGUUGCCGGCACCGCCAUGGCUCUGCCCAAGGCCCAGGGUGUCACCGCCGACCUGGCACCCACUGCCUCCGCUCCUGCAGGCUGCCAGCCGACCUACGCCGGCACGUUCCAAAUUACCAUCGUCAACGCGACCACCAGCUCCAGUGUCGCCAAGCGCGGUCUGCUGCCUCGCCAGGAGGAAUCUGGAGGACCUGCAGACAACGCCCUGGAGCUGACCCUGGCCGACGGCAAGUUGACGGACCAGCAAGGCCGUACUGGCUACAUCGCCAGCAACUACCAGCUGCAGUUCGACAAGCCCCCGCAGGCCGGCACCAUCUACGACGAUGGCUUCAGUGCUUGCUCCAACGGCUCGCUCGCUCUUGGUGGCUCCGCCAUCUUUUACGGCUGCACUAGCGGCGAGGGCGCCACCCAGUUCUACAACUUCUACGACCGCAACUGGGGCUCCCACUGCUCGCCCAUCUACAUUGAGAUCAUCAAGGGCUCAUCCACCAGCGCUGCUGCUACCCAGGCCUCUGACGGCCAGGUCGCCGCUACCACUGCCGUCCCCGUCCGCAGCGACGGCCAGCCCAUUGCUACCUCCAUUGCCGCAUCUGGUGUUCCCGUUCGCAGCGACGGCCAGCCCAUUGCCACCUCCAUUGCCGCAUCUGGUGUUCCCGUUCGCAGCGACGGCCAGCCCAUUGCCACCUCCAUUGCCACCGCCGAGUCUUCGGCGGCUGGUGUUCCCGUUCGUAGCGAUGGUCAGCCCAUCGCCUCCUCCAUCGCUUCUGCGGCUUCUUCCGCGUCCGCUGUCCCCGUUCGCAGUGACGGCCAGCCCAUUGCCUCCACCAUUGGCACCCCCAGCUCUGCUGCGGGCACUCCCGUCCCUGUCCGCUCCGACGGCCAGCCCAUCGCGACCUCCAUCGGCACCCCGGUCGCUACCCCGGUCUCUACCCCGGUUUCUACCCCGACCGCCGUUUCGAUCCGCUCGGACGGCCAGCCCAUCGCGACCGGUGCCUCUACUCCCAGCUCUGCUGCCGGCACUCCCGUCUCCACCCCCACCCCCACUCCCUCGCAGUACACCGGUGACGCCGACCGCUUCUCGGUCCGCAGCGGCUUCGCCCUCGUGGGUGCUGCGGCCGUCGCUGUCGCCAUGUUCUAA